AUGUCAUCUUCAUCGAGUGGCCGAGCUGCCCACUCAUCAAAUUGGGAUGGUGAAGGCGGUUAUCGUUUACAUAUAUCCGAUCUGAAUGCUGGUGUAACACGUAAAGAAGUUGAACGUAUUUUUGGUAAAUUUGGUCCAAUUAAUGAAGUUUGGGUGGCUACAAACCCGCCUUGUUUUGCGUUUGUAAAUUACAAACACCGUUCAGAUGGAGAACAAGCAAUCAAAGAAUUGGAUGGGAAAGUUAUUGGUGGAAGUCGUGUGGGAAUUAGUUGGGCACGUAAACGUAAUUAUGGAGGUCGACGCCCUUAUAGACAAACAUCGCCUUAUGGAGGAGGACGGGGUGGCUGGAAUGAUCGACGGGGUGGUGGCGAUCGUGCUGGUGGUUAUGGUGGUGGUGGCGGCGGUGGUGGUGGUUCGUCUUAUCGUCGACAUUAUUCUCCGAGAAGAGAUUCAAGGUCACGAAGUGGUUCUCGUGAGCGUUCGGGUCGUCGCCGUUCAUCUCGUUCGCUAUCUGGAGAUCGACGUCGUCAUUCUCCAUCACGUAGUCCAGCGCCAAAACGUGGUCGCUCUCCUGCACAACAGCAACAAAAACAGUCAUCAUCGAAACAUAGUAACUCAAAGGAAAAGAACAAUAAUAAUAAUAAUCGUAGUAGUCGAUCUGCUUCACCGAAUGAGCCAGUUAUUCGUAGAAAUCGUCGUACAAGAAGUGGAAGCCUAUCGCCAAGAAGAAGUAAAGAUGAAGAUGAUAAUGGUUACAAAAUCGCUGCUAUAUCAAUUGUUACACAGGACUUUGUUGGAAAACAAAUGGGUAGAAGCAGAGAUCGAUCACGCUCGCGCUCGAUGUCCUCUUCGUCAAGCGGUCGAGCUGCUCAUUCAACGAAUUGGGAUGGUGAAGGUGGUUAUCGUGUACAUGUAUCAGAUUUAACAGUUGGAGUUUCAAGAAAAGAAGUGGAAAGAAUGUUUGCAAAAUUUGGUCCAAUUAAUGAAGUUUGGGUGGCAACAAAUCCGCCUUGUUUUGCAUUUGUUAAUUUUAUGCAUCGAUCCGAUGGAGAACAAGCUAUUAAAGAAUUGGAUGGCAAAGUUAUUGGUAGUUCUCGUGUUGGACUUAGUUGGGCACGUAAACGUAAUUAUGGAGGUCGAAGAGGUGGAUAUCGUCCUUAUAGUGGUGGUCCACCAAGACGAUCACCAUCACCCUAUCGCUCAUAUUCAUCAAGAACAACUAGAACAAGUAGAUAUGGAUAUAGUCCAAAACGGUAUAUGUCAAGAUCUCGUUCGCGUUCAAAUUCUCGUGACCGACAUCGUCGUCGGUCAAGAACAAGAUCGCGCGAUCGUCGAUCGUCAUCUCGUCAAAGAUAUUCAACAAAACGAAUAAAAACAUCGCAAACACAUCGUUCAAAUAAUCGUGGUGAUGGUAGUGCCAGCGAUGGUAAUCGUUCACCAGUACGUCAACAAUCAAAGCGAAGAGAGGAUUCAAGAGAUGGUGAACGACAACGUCGUAGUAGAACACGUUCAAGAUCAAGACAACCGAAUAACGGACUCGAAUCACCAAAUUAUAAUAAUUCAUUAUAUUUUUUAAGUGGUCGUCGCGAAUCGAGAAGUCGUUCUCGUGAAAGUCUAGAACGUGAAACUUCAAAUCGUGACGAAAAUAAUUAUGAGUGA